CGCUCGUGAUUUUCACAGUUUGAAGAUGGAUUUCAAAAGAGCAGUAUGUAUUGUUGCUCUGGUACUAAGAAAUAGAAAAAAAAGACGUCAACGAAAAUUUCGCAAAUAUUGGAUACAUCCACUCACUAGCCGUAGAUUUGAGAAAGGUUUCUUUCAGAAAAAGUAUAAAAUUUUAAGAGAACAUCCAGAUAAAUUUUUCAAUUACUUUCGAAUGUCAGUGGCCAGCUUCGAUAAAAUUUUGCACAACGUGCGUCCAUACAUCACCUUCAUGGAUACAAAAUUUCGCAAAUGUAUUUCACCAGAGGAGCGUCUGUCUGUGACUUUGAGGUAUCUUGCCAGUGGUAAUAGUAUGAAGUCCUUGUAUUUUGAAUAUUUGAUCGGCACAACAACUCUGAGUGAAAUAAUUGAACACACAUGCAAGAGUUUGUGGAUAUGUUUGCAACCUACAUAUAUGCCUGAAAAAACAGAAGAGGAUUGGAUAAAUAUAGCAAAUUUUUAUUUUGAAAGAACACAUUUUCCUAAUUGUCUUGGUUCCAUAGAUGGAAAACAUAUACGAAUAGAAAGGCCAGAAAAUACUGGUUCAGAAGCCUUCAAUUACAAAAAGUAUUAUUCUUUAAUAUUAUUAGCUAUAGCUGAUGCAGACUAUUGCUUUACUGCUAUAGAUGUUGGGGCAUAUGGAUCGAAUAGCGACUCUAGCGUUUUUAAAAACUCAAAUUUUGGCAAAAGGUUUUUGAACAACCAAAUGCAUUUACCAGAAUCUGCAACAUUACCUGAUUAUGAGGAAGUCGGACCUUUACCGUUUGUUUUCGUAGGCGAUGAAGCUUUUCCACUUAUGGAGCACUUAAUGAGGCCAUAUCCAAAUAGAAAUUUAUCCAUAAAACAAAGAGUUUAUAACUAUAGAUUAUCUUAUGCCAGAAGGACUGUCGAAUGUGCAUUUGGGAUCAUGGCAAAUAAAUGGCGUAUUUUACAUAGACCAUUAGAUGUGAAAUUAGAUUUUUGCGACCAUAUUAUUAAAGCUUGUUGCAUAUUGCACAACUUUGUAAGACAACAUGACGGUAAACAGCUUAAUGAAUCGUUUCAAGUUUCAGAGAUGCAGGGUAUUGCUUCAAUUCGUACGCGUUCUAGCAAUAACGUUAUAGAUGUAAGAAAUUUGUUUGCUGAUUAUUUUACAUCUACUGCGGGCGCGUUGAGUUGGCAAUAUGAAAAUAUUUAAAAGAUAUCUCACCCUCAAAAGUAUAGUAACUAAUUAAUGCCAAAAACAGAAUUUUCACUGUUAACUCAAAACAACAUCUCCUUAAAAAUAGGUAACAAAACUAAAGUAGCUUUCGUUAUAAGGGUUCGACUUUUUUAGUUUGAGUUCUUUGUAAUAAAUAAAUACUCUUUAAAAACUUACCCUUCUUUUUUUUCUCAGCCUCCGACAGUGUCAUCCAAUUAUUAACUACGUUGUGAUAAACUUCCUCCCAAAGUUUAUUUUUCACAUUUC